AUGGCCGGGGUCAAUCAUACAUCUGCCUCUAUGGCCGCUGCCGAUGGCAUGCACGGUCGCAAGCGCAAUAUCAGCAUGGCGGGGAUGGACAGUUCCCCGGGGAGUAUUGAGGACGCGGAGGAUAACGAGCGCGAUGACAAGAGACGACAGCCGGUGAAGCGCGCCUGCAAUGAAUGUCGACAGCAGAAGCUUCGAUGCGACGUCAUUCAAGACCCCUGGUCCGAUUGCUCCAGAUGCCGCCGCCUGAAACUCGACUGCAAGAUCGAGUCUAACUUCAAGCGGGUGGGGAAGCGCAGUCGCAACGCCGAGAUGGAACGAGAGAUCAUCGAGCUGCGGAAGCAAAUUGCCACGGCACAUUCUAGCCCAGCUAUUCACCCACAACAACAACUAUCAGUAGGGCAAAUCACACCCAAACAGGAAAUGAAUCAGGUCAGCCCCACUGGUGUCUACCAGACGCCUUCGGCCAUGUCGUCAGCAGAUCAGUACAUGGGCUCCCAGGAAGCGGUCGCGUCGCUACUUGAUUUGCGUUCUGGGUUCGAUGGCACCAACUACAUGCGGAACGGCAACUCUAAGCUCAAGCGGAUUGAAGAUGUCAUGGUGGUUCCGGAGAAAGUCACAGAAUUGUUCAAUCUGUUUUUCACCUACUAUCAUCCAUUUCUUCCAUUCCUCAAUCGAACACAGGCUCCAAGCGAUUACUAUACCGCCUCGCCUUUGCUUUUCUGGACGAUCAUCAGCGUCGGUGCUCGACGGUACCAAAGUGAUUCCGGUCUGUUGACUUCUCUUGCGGGACCUGUCACGCGCCUUGUAUGGAGUACAUUGGCAGAUAUUCCCCAAAGCUACCACGUUGUGAAAGCCCUCUGUCUGCUCUGCUCGUGGCCAUUUCCAACAAGCAGUACUUCCACAGACCCGACAUUUAUGCUUUGUGGCAUGAUGGUUCAGGUUGCCAUGCAGCUUGGUCUUCAUCGCCCGUCGCAUACUCAGGAUUUUAGCAAAUUCCGUGUCGAGCUUAUUGAGGAGGAGCUAAGGGAUAAAGUGCAAACCUGGGCUAUUUGCAAUAUUGUUGCGCAGCGCGUAUCAACUGGUUAUGGCCAGCCCCCUUCCACGCUCUACGACUGGACAUUGUCGAGUGAUUCACUGGAUCCCAACUUUAAAUUGCCUGCAGACAUCAGGCCUAGGUUGGAGAUUGAAAAGUUUUGCGACAAGAUUACCAAAGCUCUUUACAGCAAUCGACGAGAUCCUGUUGGACUAACCACCGACCAAGAACGGAAUACAAUGAUCUCGUUUCUUUCACGAGACUUUGUCGAGCUCGAGGAACAGUUAAAGGUCCUCAAUGAUUCCAUAACCAAUCUAUACCUCCGUGCCUCUAAUCUCCACUUGCAUCUUUCUGCAUUCUUUGAUGAACCUUCUACGAAAGACUACCGUGAGCGUCUUCUGUCAUUAUACGUCGCAACCACAUCAUUCCUCGAGGUUGCCAUGAACCUGGAGACGGAAGUUGGUCCGGUUCUCUCCUAUACCCCUUACUACAUUUACCAGAUGAUGGUCGCAGCUGGUUGUACUCUUCUCAAGCUGAGUAAGAGCUUCUUCUCCUCACACAUGGAUAUGGAGUAUACAAAGAAUCUGUUCAAUCGAACCAUCUGGGCCAUUCGUGGCGUGUCAGUAUCUAGCAACGACCUACCUGAACGUCUCGCCGAAGUGCUUGCCCAGAUGUGGCGGCUUGGGGGUGCAACCCAGCGGUCAGCGGCAAACACCACCGAUGUUGAUGAUUCUUUGAGACUGAAGGUUCGCUGCCGUAUGAGCAUGUCUCUGCUCUUCGACUCGGUAUGGCGAUGGCGGGAAGACACACGGACCAAGGGUCGGAAUAUUGAAGCAUACCUCAAGAACCCGACCAACCCGGACUCUGCUGCCGAUUCGUCUGCCGCCUCCUCUAUAGGCCUACCCCGCACUCAGUCAUCUACGCCUGGGAUUUCUGGUGGCGACCCAAGUCUUGCGCCCGCGCCAAUGCUCACGCAGCCUAGUCUUGGGAUCCAAGCGCCAGGAAGCGGUUUCAGUGGACUCCCAAGUGGGUUCAUGGAACCGAACUACGAGGUCUUCGACCCCCUGAACUGGCUGCUAGACGGCCUGGUAGACUUGCCGUCCUCGUAUUCGACGAUGGGCGGCAUGGAGUCCCAAGGCAUUACAUGA